GUCCCACUAUUAUUUUAACAAUUACAUUGGGUCCCGCAAUGCAUUGUGGGCCAGUGCAGUCAGUGACAGCCGCCAUGAUUCCUACAGUAGUCGGACAGAAAAUGGACGCUUCUGUAGCGUUAACGGAGAACUAGUUGGUUGUGGCGACUUCCCCUACAGUUUAAACAGCCGUAUCCAGAACAAGAUUUGCAUCGCUUUUUCAAAACUGCGGGCCGGUUUAGUCCUGGAAGCUACACUGCAAGGUGUUGCGGAGUUGAUGCUACUGGUGUUAGCUAAGCCAGCUAGUCUGCGUCCACAAAACACUCAAAGCUAGUUAGCUGUUAGCAGCUAGCUCGCUAGCCGAUACACAUCGCUCCGGUACAGUUCAAUUCUCUGCUAAACCACGGAUGAUGAUUCGCCGGACCGGGUCUACGUCGUAAGGUAUGGCCUGGCUCUGACUGUAAGGUGCUGGUAAUGGCAGAAGGGCUUAGCAUUGGCGAAAUGCCCUCCUUUGACCUGAGUACAAAUUCUGAAGCAAAAAAGAGACCCAAUUCAUCGGAUGGCAGAGAAGAGCCUAUAAGGAAAAUGCCCAUAUCAAAGUUUGGUGCCAGAGCGCGCUUUGAGCCUGUGCACUUUGUCAGUGGGGGGAGCAGUGGCGGCGGAGCCGGCACUGAUGAGAAGGAGAACGACAAGGAGCGCAAAAGGAGCGACCCCCAUGGCGCGCGGCCAUGGGAGGCCGAGCAGCCCUCCUACGGCGGCGGGAGGGCCCAGGGUUACUCCGCCCCCAGGUCCGCCUUCGACAGAGUGCCGUCCUUCGGCUCGGACUCCUGGAGGGAUCGGGACAGGGACAGGACCCGGGAUAGAGACAGAGACGUCCCCUCGGGAAGCACGAGUACCGGCCCCGGUCUAGGCUAUGCGGCCCGCGGGGCCACCUCCAACUACAUGGCCAAGACGCAGCAGGACUACACCGCGAAGUACGAAGCGCACGGCUCCCGGGGUUCCGAUUCCUACUCGCAGCCCACCAGGCACGAGGGGUACAGCGGAGGGAACCGAUCGACAGCGUGGGACGCCGGGCGGCAGGGGUCGGGCUACGGUCCCCAGGACCGGCCCUCCUCCUCCUCCUCCUCCAGCCGGCCGUUCAGCCGGGUCUACAACAGCCCAGGCAGGGUCAGCCCCAGCCAGGCACAGUCGGCGGCGCUGCCCCCGCCUCGGCCCAUACCCUCAGCCCUCAUGGAGGAGAAACAGCGACUGAUCACCAGCGUGUCCGCUGCACUAGCCGUCUCCUUAAGAGACCCCAUGUACAUGACCGGGACCGACUCGCCCAACUACAACUUCAUGCUGAGCCGCAGCAUCCAGGCCUGCAAGACCAACCCCGAGUAUAUUUAUGUCAACCUGAAGGAUAUCCCUCAAGCCGACCUCCCGAAGAACAGGAAGGUACUGACGGAAGGCUACGCGUGCGAGUUGAGGUGCCAGUGUGUUUAUCUCGCCACUGGAUACUCGGGCAGUAAGAACGGAGCCAGGGACCGUGCCUCAGAGCAGGCCGUGAAACUCUUCCUGAAGCCGGCUGAAGUUCGUAUUGUGCAGCGCAAGUAUAGACACUCUGUUGUCACCGACAUCGUGGUAUGUCAGAUGCACAGUCCCACCCCAGCCUUUUUGCCUGCCCUUCGUAAUCCAGAGGACAAGCCGACGCCUAGCUCGAAGGGCCAAUAUGAGCCUGACAAACGUAAACACUGGACAGAAUUUGUGGUCGUUGACAACGCUCACGAUGCCAUAUGCAUACUGAACAACUCUGCCGCCUUUAACCGCAUGAAGAUCGACUACAAGUUUGACCUGGUCCCAAACAGCAGUUACUGGCUCUGUAGCGUCUACCUGCAGGAGGAGCUGGUGGCCCAGUCUAGGGGCACGAAGAAGAGCUCGAAGCACACAGCAGCCGAGGAGGCAGUGAGGAAGCUGCGCAUGAAUCAGGCAGCCCGGGAACAAGAGCAGCAGCAGCAGCAAGAGCAGCAGCAGCAACAGCAGCAACAGCAGCAUCCCAGAGGAAACCAUCAGUCGGAUCCCUCUAGUGGCUGGUUUGGCCAACAGGUCGGCAGGAAAAAGCACUUGAGUGAGUUGGUUAUUCUUGAAAACUCAGAUAAUGCCAUCUGCAUCAUCAACGACACUGCUCAGUUUAAUAAAGUAUCGGCCGACUACAAGUUUACCGUGUUGCCCGACCACCGCUGGAGAUGCGAGGUGUACCUGGAAGGACAGUAUGUCGCCGCGGGACUCGGGCCCAAAAAAAUAGUGAAACACAUCGCAGCGGAGGAGGCCCUGGCUACCUUGAGACAGACGCAGGCCGUGGUUAAGUCCAACCUCAGGAAGGACGGUCACUGCGAUGCCAUAUCACGCCAUCAGAUCCUGGCGCGUUCGAAUGAAGAGAGCAUCAAGCAGGAGAUCAAGGAGGACAACAUCGGGAACCAGCUCCUCCGCAAGAUGGGCUGGAAGGGGGGUGGACUGGGCAGGGACGGCGAGGGGAUCGCAGAGCCCAUCAAGGUCAAGGAGCAGUUCUCCAGAGAAGGUCUCGGCAUGGACAUGGACAAGCCUUCGAAUCAGCUCAGCAAGCGAGACAUCGAAGACAUCAUCCGAAACUACGCCACCUCUGAACGCCAAGAUGACCUGCGCUUCUCCAGCGACCUGAACAACGACGAGCGAAAGCAGAUCCACCACAUAUCCCAGAAAUACGGCCUACGCAGCAAGUCGUACGGACAGGGCCGGCAACGCUUUCUAGUUGUCAGCCGCAAGGUACAUAAAGACCAGCUCAUCGGUCAGCUGCUACAGGAAGGCCAGGUCGGCCGCUACGAGCUGGUGAAGCCUCAGGCGUCUCACUGAUCUGCAUGAACACUGGUCGUUGGCAUGGACCUCGGGACAAAUGUAUGACCGUAGUAUUCAUACUGGAGACUGACUCGUACCACAAUACAAAACAGAUUAAUAGUAGGGUAUCUUUUAGAAACUCGGAUGUUUCUACAUUCCUCUGCCGUUAUGGUUUAAGCCUGAAUAAGGUUUUAGUUUUAAAAAAAGAUUGCCAUUCCACAAGUCUAUUGUUUGUCUCUGCACUACAUGCUUGUUUUCAGUGCUUUCAUAUUCAAAUGCCUUGGUUAUUUGUUCAUUAAACAUCGCUGAAAUUUGGCCAGAAACCCUUCUUUUUUUCCCCUCAAUAACUUUCACUGUAGCAGAAUAUGCAACUACAUGUUAAGUACCAUGACAGCGAAGAAAACUAUAUGCCCAAUCUUACGUUGAUAGAACUCAAAUUCAAAAUAGCACUGGCAAUGUGUAUUUUCAAUUGAAAGCUACGUGUUAAACUAUCUUCACAUGGAAUUGUGAAAGCUGUGAUCUUGUUAACUGUCUGGUGUUUCAUUUGUGUGAAUGUCUGCUUGUUUUACAUGUGAUUGAAUAAAUUAAACCGGAAACCAACUAAACGUUGAGACGUAGAUUUUCUCAAAAGGAACUUAAAGGGCCAUGACGAAAACGGCUUGUUAAUUUUAUCUACAAGAUAAAUAUUUUGUUACAUCCUACUAGCGGAAAGUUAAACUGAAGACCGCAUCUACGAAAGAUACCAAUGUUCAGGAAGUCGAGUCAGUUUGAGUUUAUUUGUUGUGAAGGGGUAGCAUAACACUCAACCCAAGUGCCUGGAAAGGGCACAUAAUUCAAUCCUUAACAUGUCUGGAUAGUCAAGUAAAGAAAAUGUAUAUAGUAAAAGGCAUGGCUUGAACAUGUAGUCUAGAGCCAGUAACUAGAAAUCCAGCCUGCAUAUCUCAAAGGCAUUGAUUGUAAGAGAUGGAUGUCAGCACCAGCACACCGUCUGUCACACGCAGACCCAUCGCACAUUUUCUAGUAACCCAUCAUACAUUUUCUUCAAAAGGUAUUCAAAAAUGCUAAAAAGAAACAUAAUAUUGAACACAUGGUAACAUCCUCUAAAAAUACAAAUAUAAAUGUAUGUUUUGACACUGCAACUGCAAUCCACACUUAAGCUUAAGUACAAGUGUCAAUCAUGGUGGCCCAACCUUGGUGGGUGACUCAGAAAAAUGUUUUGUUUGGAGGUGAAGGGAAAAUUUGGUGCAUCGAAGAAGUUACCCAGAUCUAACCAGGUACAUUUACUUUAACAUGCUACCGCCCAACAACAGCAUCUGCAGAAUGCGAUGCCACAACACGACAUUAUACAACUAUGGGACAGACACAUUAGAAAACUGUCAGAUUGUGUGUAUGAUCGUUUUUCAUCACAUGAUCUGUGUAGUCUUUACUCUUGUGGCGGACAUUUUUUUUUAUACUUUGCAAACAAACACACGUGUCAACAAUCACGCCAACUCUGCUCGACAAUAGCCGACACCCUCUUCUCGUACUCCCGCUUGUUCUCCUGGUACAGCUGGGCGGCCUGGCUGUUGGCCGGGCUGUUUGGAUUGGGCUCAUCCAGUAAAGACUGAGCAGACAAACAAAAACACAUUUGAAUCUUCUCCACAGCUGCAGCUCAUGAAAUGAACAUACAACUCCCGGUUUACCCCAUACCCCAGCAUUGAUACUCCCGAAGAAAUAUGCAGCUGCAAGUAUACUUUGCAACACUUAUUACAACUCUUUGUGAAUGGCAACACGUAUGCUGUGGAUGUGUGUGAAUAGAUAAAAUACCUGUAUUGAAGUUAAUAUUGAAGAAACAUCAUAAGUUGGACUCCAGCGAUUCUGUAGAAUGUCUAAACAUAUGCUGCCAUCGGCAUAAACUGCAAAAAAAGAAAAUGAAGGGAAAACAUUAAGACACUACACUUUUUUUGAAUUUGACUUAAGGUUGCAUGAAUACUACUAAAACUUACCAUUUGGAUGAAACAUUUUGGAGACAAAACGCACUGUUGGGGGUUUAUUUGGAUACUCUUCUGUGAACUCGAUAGUGAGUUUAAAGGUUCCUAGGAUUAAGAAAAGCAAGGCUUAAGUCAAAAUGCAUGUGUUUAGAACAUCACCUCAAGGCCUACAGGGCUUCUAUUUGUCCCUCAACACUGCUUGAAUUGCCCAUAAAAAAAAUGGCAUGUUGGGGAAUAAAAGUGCCUUGAAUAAAACAUGGAUACAAGCCAAAAGCAUCAGCUUCUAUCAUGAGCUUAAAUGACACGUCCUUCAAAUGAUUGUUUGAUUGGUUAAAUAGCAUUGAAAGGAAUUUGGACGUUAUUCAACCGUCAUCGUAAUUUGCCAGGUGUAUUGCAACCAAUGUACUUUUAUCAGCCAGGGCCGAUAUGAGCUAAUGUAGACGUGGCGAUAACCUACCAUCUUCAAAGGGUGUUCCCUCUGGUCUGAAAAAGAAACGAAAACAUGAUUAAGACACAACAUAGUUUAAUUUUUGGACACUGAAUUACAAUAAAUUAAUGGAAUCUGGGACUUUUUAAAGCCACCAGUUGAUGCAUAAUAUGAUAGUUAAAGUUUAGAUGAAAUGAUCUUCGCAUAUUGUGUUUGCCAAAAUACUUAUAUGCAUAGGUCUGACCACUUUUAAAUUAACAUGUUAUACACUCACCCAAAUAUGACAGCAUUCCAGACCAUAAUAUUAUUCUCGGACGGAGCUCCACUCACCCCGGCUGGGGGGUCUUCUUGCAGCCUUGCAAUGCAAUGAAGAACAGAUUAAAAUUUGACCAACACUGCUAGAUGUCAAGAAAGAAAUACAAAGCAAAAUAGAGAAGCUAACCAAAAUAACCUCAGCUGUGCUGGGGUGUCUGAUAUGUCUCGUAAAGGUGAUUAUUUAUACACUUUCCAAGAAAACAACUGGGGUUGCCAUUGCCAUCGAGCUUUAUUCACUAGUAAAUAAGAUGGAUUUAUCAUCUCAUGUGAAAUCUCACUUGUGACCGCUUUGUUAAUAGGUCAGAGUUCACAGGACUCC